AUGUUGAUUGCCCCUGCAUUCACUCACCUCCCAUCCCCCCGCCCUCAGUUCUACCAACUGUCCAACAGCAGCGGGACAAGCACAGCUGAGGACCCGCAGGUCCUCUCAUUGUGUCCGGGACAAAACUUCCAGGUGUCAGCGCUGCUCUCCCACCUGCUGGACUCUCAGGCUCCCGAUUCGGACCUGCUGCUGCAGCCAUAUCUGUCCAGCUGGGAUGAGCUUGUGAAGUUUAUGGAAUCCCUUGGUCCCAUGGUGGGUUUGAUAUCUAGCGAGAUCGAAAGCAAGACCUCCAUUAUCCGCCAGCUGGCUCUGUUAUCCGAGGAGAAUCCUGAAGCGGAGUUUGGUUCAGAUGUGAACUCAUUAAAGUCUGUCAACUCACAGACUGGGGAAAAGAAUGACUUGGAGGCCUCCCCUCACACCGGUGCAUACCACUCUCUGCGUUCCAUGAUCAGUGCGGAGCUGAGCCGGGGCCUGGUGGACUUCCACCGCCAGACAGACUCAGGAUGCCGGACUCUUCUCCGCCUGCACCGCGCUCUGCUUUGGCUCAAGCUGUUCCUGCAGAAGCUGGCCGAGACACCGGAGGCCGGUCGGCUCAAGAGCCCCUCGGACCUGUGCCGUGAGGCCUACCAGAACACGCUCGCCGUCCACCACACCUGGUUUGUUCGCAGGGCUGCGGAGUUGGCUUUCAUCGCCAUGCCACAGCGAGGGUUUUUCUUCAGGCUGGUGUGUGUGCAGAAUCAGGAGGAGCUCAGCAAAUUGCUCAACAGGGUUGUCAAAGCCAUUGGGAAAGUUUAUGACAGGACAGAGAAAGCCCUCGAAGAAAAUGGCAUGCUGGACUUGCCAUAG